AUAGAGCGACGAGAUAUUUUGAGUUGGGGGAUAUUUUCAUGUGAAUUACGCCCGGUCUUGAUAAAGAUUUUAAAGAUACAUGUUUUGGUUGAGCAUCAACUAUAUUGACCAAGUAUUAUAAUGGUGGCAAUAUUUAUCAAAAGGCAUAAGAGUAUGUUACGCGUUAGUAUAUUUUUCUUUUGUAUUGGUUGUGGAAUAGCACUAUGUUUUUUGAGAAUUGACUGUGCUAAUGCUGUGAAUACUGUAACCACAGUGUCUGCACGGCAAGGUGCGAUUGCGACUAGUGGUAUAGAGUACGCGGUGCUUGUUUUAACCAGCCCUUUGAACGAGGAACGGCGCAAUGUUAUUCGCAGCACCUGGACAAACUUUGUGUCCAAUAUAUUUGUCGAAAAUGGAGAACGAUUAUACAAGUGGAACCACAGUUGGACUGAAAAGCGAAGCAACCAUGAUUUCAUCAAAGUGUACUUUGUAGUUGGCACCAAAGGAUUAAGCACUGAAAAGAUGAACAUGUUAAAAACAGAAAGUACCAGGAGUAAUGAUAUGGUUUUGUUGGAUAACCUGACUGACAAAUAUGAAAAUUUGGCUAUGAAAAUGAAACUAUCUUUUGUAUGGUUCCAUGAAAAUGUAAAGAAUCUAAAGUAUAUUAUUAAAUGUGAUGAUGACUCCUUUGUUAGAGUAGAUCUAAUUGUAAAAGUUUUAGAAGCUUUUGCUCCUCAGAUGAAUUCAUAUACCCUCAAUACAUAUAUCUCCAGCCAAGUGAAGCCAAGUAUGACCCAAUAUCGAGGCCUAUAUUGGGGAUAUUUCAAUGGGCAUGCCCGGGUCCAACUGAAAGGCAAAUGGCAGGAACAAGACUGGUUCUUGUGUGACAACUAUCUGCCAUAUGCACUUGGUGGUGGUUAUGUUGUUUCUCGCAACAUCAUAGACUUUAUUGCCAAAAAUGUAGACUUUCUAAGUUCAUAUCGAUCAGAAGAUAUAUCAAUGGGUGUUUGGACAGCUCCGUUGGAUGGAAUCAACAGAGUUCAUGAUGUCAGAUUUGACUCCGAAUGGAUUUCACGAGGAUGCCUAAAUCAUAUGUUAGUAAGACAUAAACAGACUACUCAAGAUAUGUUUCAGAUGUACAAAGCUUUGGUGGACUCAAAAGGAGAAAACCUGUGCAAAACUGAAACCAUAGAAAGAGGAGCCUAUGAAUAUAAGUGGAAUUCACGCCCUAGUCAAUGUUGUAAUUCACUUCAUCAUUUGUUUAGCAGGAAUAAAGAAAUUAUUCCUGGCAAUAUGAAAACGUGAAGGAUCAACUAGUCAAAUAUUUAUUAGUAUUAGUUCCUCUAGAAGAUUCAAAAAAGUCUGAACAAAUCUAUAUUUUUUUAUUAUAAAUUGAUACUGAUAAAUAUUCAAUAAGAAGUAAGACAGGAUAUGCACUCACAAGCAAAUACAUUCAACCUAAGAAUGAUUGACAACUUCCCAUUUUAGAGUUUUGUUAUAUCUGUCCGUCCGAGGCAUAGCAAUAUCGGGUUAAUGAGUACUAUUAUAAAGCUGUAAUUUGGUAUGGAUGUACAUAUCAGACCGUUUACAAUAUUGUGUUUAAACAAAAACUUCUUUUAGGGACUUCCUUAAAGCGAGGUUUAGACUAGCAAGAACUUGCAUGCAAAUUGCGGUAUCUGAUCAAUGCUUAAUGCAGUUUACCUUAGUAGUCGGCAAUGUAACGUAAAUUGCAUGCAAGUUCUUGCUAGUCUAAACCUCGCUUUACACUAUAGUGCACGGAAGCAAAUUUAUUUAAUUAGGCCAGGAAAUAAAUGCCCAAAAAAAGGUAUAGAGGGAAAUGCAAGGAACACAAUUUUUAACUUCGUAGCUUUGUUUGGACUAGUUAGGAGAUGAACAUAUCAAAAGUCCCCGGCCAUAACCCUGGUGCUGGGGUGGGAGGGGGGUUUGAAGGUUCCAUUUUUCGGUUUUUCGAUUAUAUCUCGGAAACUAUGCGUCUGAGCGACUUGGCCACUUAUACAAAAUGUAAAGAGAUUUAAUUUGUUACAAGUUUUAUUCAGUCAAGUUUUUCGAUAUCUUGUAGUUUUUGAGAUAUCCGCUCUUCAAGGUUUAUUUAGGUCUCUCAUUUUUAUCUUGAUUAUCUACAUCGGUGAAGCUGCUAGGCCGGGUUUGGGAUCGUUUUCGUAUAAAUCGGGGGUGCUGAAUUCAUUUAUGGUAUCAACAUUGACACCAUUCCUAAGUAAAAACAAAAUUAAAAAAAAUGAUUUUUUAUAAAACUCCUCUUUACGAUUAAACCGCCGAACCGAUUUCGUUGAAAUUUGGUACAGAGAUGGUUUGAGUCCCGGGACAGUACAUAGGAUAGUUUUUAUAACCAAAAUCAUCUUUUAAGGGUGGGGUGGAAAUUUGUAUGGGGAAUCAAUAACCGCUGAACCUAUUUAAAUAAUAUUUGGGAUGGUCUACAUGUUUGAUUUAGUUGAUAAUGAUACCAAACAUGACUUCAAACCUAAAUUUAAACAGUAUUAACCUCAGCCUCUUCGCCGAAAUUGAAUUCCCCUCACACCAAAUUUCACACCUUCAAAGUAUGAUUUUUGAAAUAAAAACUAUAUUAUAUCCUGUCUCGGAACUUAAAACACCUAUUUACCAAAUUUCAACUAAAUCGGUUCAGCGGUUUAAGCGUGAAGAGGAGUAAAAAAAAGUUAUUUGUUUAAAGUCUAUAUGUUUUUACUUCGGAAAGGUGUAUUGUUGAUACCAUAAAUGAAUUCAGCACCCCCGAUUUAUACGAAAAUGUUACCAAACCCGGCCUAGCAGCUUUAUUGAUGUAGAUAAUCAAGAUAAAAAUGAGAGCCCUAAAUAAACCUUCAAGAGCGGAUAUCUCAAAAACUAUACAAGAUAUCGAAAAACUUGACUGAAUAAAACUUGUAACAAAUUAAAUCUCUUUUCAUUUUGUAUAAGUGGCCAAGUCGCUCAGGCGCAUAGUUUCCGAGAUAUAAUCGAAAAACCGAAAAAUGGAACCUUCAAACCCCCCUCUCCCCCCAGCACCAGGGUUACGGCCGGGGACUUUUGAUAUGUUCAUCUCCUAACUAGUCCAAACAAAGCUACGAAGUUAAAAAUAGUGUUUCUUGCAUUUCCCUCUAUACCUUCUUAUUGCGUGGCCUAAAUUGCUAGGAAAGUUCUAGAUACCUAUAAUCAUAAUUUUAACUGUAAGCAUUGCUCCUUAACCCUUUACCAGCCAAAGGGUGAUAUGCCAACCACAUAGUAUAUCAUUUCAUUUAUCAUAGUCAGAUUUUAGCUCCAAAUCUCCUACAAAGCAUUAUACCUUUAUGAAAAUGUCCUCAUUCACAACAUACUUCUAAAUCCAAUAAUGUUUCUUUGCCAGUUGUUUGAAUUCACUUGACCAGUAAUUUCGGUGGUUUAUGACGAAAAUCGAACACUUUACUUUGACUUCACAUUACUUUAUUUCAGAGAAAUGAAAGCACAAUUUUUUGAUAUCUUGUAGAUUGGGAGCGUAGUAAGGUUAUUUUAAUCUCGUGCUUUUUUUAUUUAUUACGAAACGGCAAGCAUGACCGCAAUCUCACCAGAUGGUAAGUGCCGAUGUGGAUCGUCAUGCUUACCUUAAAGAUGUCUAUUCACUCUCGAUUUAAAAAGAUCCAAGCACAUUGCUAAACAUUCAUGCAUUUCUGUAAUAUGACCAGAAUUAGGAUGUGGGAUGACACUAUCCCAUUGCCAUGUUAGAGUUUGACGUGAGAACUAUUCUGCCCCAUUCCAAACUAAUCCAUUAUAUCAUGUAAUAAAUUCUUGUUGUGUUCAACUUAUAACUAGGGAGUUAGGGACUUUGCGUAGUCUUAAAAAUUCCCUCUAAAGACUUGUACUCUUAGAUUUAGUUAAAAACUGACUAUGUUGAAUGAUAUACUAGGUGGGUGGUGUAGUUUUUAAGAUUUUUAUACUAACCCGGGGUUAUGGAUCAAUGGUUUGAAUUAAACUAUCUUUUUAUUUUUAUCACCCUUUGCCUGGUAAAGAAUACAGUUACACUAAUUUGAAUAGGUAUGGCAGUUCAUUACUCGGCCAGACAAUGGCAUUACCGUGUCCUACGUUUUUUUUCUGGUUUACAGGAAAAUAUCCGACUUUUGUAAAUACAUUGUGUGCAAGACGUUCAAUACGGUUGCAAAUCUAUACAUAUAAAGUACUUAAUAAAGCACGCUUGUUCUUCGCGGCCUGGUAAAGGGUUAACGCAUUCACUGCCAAUGUUUUCAUAGCGCUACGCUCGUAGCCUAUCCCAGCGUUUUCCCGCUUUGUAGAGGAAAGCUACUAUGAACAGAGAACCCACCGAGCGGCACUCGAAUGUGUUAAUUACUUUAAACCUUUUAUGCAUUGACAGUUGCGUUAACGAUGAAUUGCAAAUAAAUUGUACGUAGUAGAACCUGUAAUUAGUCUUAAGUUAAUUGAUUCAAUUAUGUUAUGACAAUUCACUUUAAAUUGUUAUUUAUUGUAGGUAGCUACUUAAUUCACACACAUAAGUUUAUAGCAUAUGUAUGUAACACACUUUCAUGGUAAUUCGGGUUAUUCCCACUAGUUACCACCAAGUUGUUACCAGUGGUAACUAGUGGGAAUAACCCGGUAAUUCAGUAAUUGUUGUAACACCAUGAAAUCAAUUAACUUCAGAGUAAUUACAAGUCUUUAACUAGUUUUUUUUUGCAAUUCUUCCUUAAAACAUUUAUUAUAUUUUUAUAGUAGAUUGUGUUACAAGGGAGCAAAAUGACAUAUUUACGGCGAGGGCGUACAUUGAAUCCUAAACGAAGCGAAGGAUUCUAUAAUAGAAUCCCGAGAGUAACGAGGGAUUCUAAAGUAGAAUCCUGAGCGUAGUGAGGGAUUCAAGUGUGCUACGUCCAAGAUGGAAAUAAUUUUGCUACCAUGUGACACAUAUUGCUUUUCACAUCACCUAUGAGGUAAUUAUGAUGUAUAAGAAUAUUAUUUAAGCUAAAAAAAUAAUCUGCAAAAAAAAUUAAAAAUAGUGUCCUAGAACAGAAGUGUUAUUUUGAUCCCUCCUAGCAGGGAAGAAAAGUGCCACUUUGAUCCCUCCUAGCAGGGAAGAAAAACCCCUUUUUCGAAUUGGUGAUGUGAAAAGUAUAUGCCGGCUUUGAACCAAAUAAAUGUCACAACCAGAUAUUAGGCCAGAGCUUUUUAUUGGUAUUAAUUUAUUAUUAAACUGAAUCACCGUCAUAUAAUAUGAAAUACUCAUUGCAAUUAUGUCAUUUCUAUUUGUAUCAGUUGCAAUAUCCUUAAAUUUCGUUUCACUGAGUUAUUCUCUGUCUGAAUCGACUAUAAAAAGGGAGAGAUUUACUUUUAAUUUCAAUAUUUCGCCUGCGAGUUGCCCCAGCUUCCGCCCCGUCAAGGAUGCGGCGUAUACCCCACUCCCUUAGCCCCAGAAUCCCUCUUGAGCUCGCGCCGGAACAUAACUUCUAGUCAAUAUUAACUUACAACUAUACCUACUUAUUUAUAAGAAACAAUUGGAAACAAUUAAACGAUCGUGAAACCAUCUGAUAUUUUAUUUUAUUGAAUAAUUAAAAAACACAACAUGUGAAACAUUGUACAGUCAAUAGAUUAAUAUCACAUUUACAAGAAUCCAUAAAAACCGGACAAGUGCGAGUCGGACUCGCCCACUGAGGGUUCCUUACCUUUUAGUAUUUGUUGUUAUAGCAGCAACAGAAAUACAUCAUCUGUGAAAAUUUCAAGUGUCUCUAUCACGAUUGAUGAGAUACAGCCUGGUGACAGACAGACGGACAGGAGAGUAUUAGUAAUAGGGUCCUGUUUUUACCUUUUGGGUACGGAACCCUAAAAACAUGCAUUCCAUAUUCUUAAUGUAUGACUUAAUGAGAAUUUUUUAUUUUAGUGUCCAUAUAUGUUUGAUUGUUAUAAAAAGUUGUUCUCGACAAUUCUUCUCUGAAAUAGUCGAUUGUUCUCUGUAAUCCUUCCUCUAGAGAAACCUGUAAAAUAAAGAACAAUUAAGGAUGUGUCACCGUAAA